GAUGGUUUUCCAUAAAUUCCCGACACUUCAUUGCUUUGAAGCUUGAACAGAUCUCUGUGUUGUUGCUGCUGCUCCUCUUCUUAUUCUUCGUCUUCUUCUGGUCAAUCUUCUUGUUCUGUGAGAUCAUUUGCGGGCGAUUCGAAUUCUUUUAGGUGAUGGAUUAGAGCGGCGAUGAAGAAGGCGGAGCGCGUUGUCGAGGCGGCGGCGAGGAGCGGGUCGUCGCGGGCGAAAAGGCGGAAGGUGGUGGAGGUUUCAGGGCCGCGGGUGGUCCGCAUCUUUUGCGUUGACCACGACGCCACGGAUUCAUCUGGCGACGAGGGGGGCGGGUGUCGCCGCGUGCGGCGGGUCGUGCACGAGGUUCCGUUGGAAGGCGCGGCGGAGGCCGAGAAGGGAAGAACUGCAGCCAGGGCGAAAAGGCGGGCGGAAUUGCCACCGGCAGCGGCGGCGGAGGCUAAGGACGGUGUUGGCAAGGAGGGCGGCGAGCCGAAGUAUCGCGGCGUCCGGUGUCGGCCAUGGGGGAAGUACUCGGCGGAGAUCAGGGACCCAAUUCGGCGCAUCCGGUUGUGGCUCGGCACAUUCAACACCGCCGAGGAGGCCGCGAGGAGCUACGACUGCGCCGCCAUCAGGUUGCGUGGCCCUGGUGCCACCACCAACUUCCCCAUCGCGGCCGCUGCCACCAAGUCCGUCUCGUCUUCUCUGCCACCGCGGCGUCGUAAGUACUCAGACACCAACAUCGCCUCUACAUCCGGCGCGUACGACUCCGGAGAAGAAUCUCCUCCCGACGUCACAUCUCCGACCACCGUUCUCCGCGGCUUCGCCCCAUCCUCUGCCGCCACCGCCACCGUGCCGGAACAAAAGUUCAAACUCCCGGCUACGGCCUUCCCGGACAUCCCGCCGCCGUUGGACCUGGGCGAGUUCCUUCUUUUCAAAGAAGAGGAGGCUGUCUUCGAUGGCCUGCUAAGCUUCAACACCCCGGAGCCGCUCGGUUUCUUCCACGACCACGACGCGCCGAUCGACUUCGUGGAGGAGGACUUGGACGACGCCUUUAUCGGCUCAGGGCUCGAGGACUUCACCUCCGAUGAUCUUCCCGGUGACAUUGCCGACUAUUUCGCUGUCGACCCCUUCGCUGCCGUCUGAUCCUUCACAUCCCUUCGCCGGAUAGCGAUCAAUUGGCCAUUCUACAAAAAUUAUCCGAUCAUUUAUUAUUUAUUAUUUAUUAUUUUUUAAUUAUUAUUAUUAUUAUUAGUGUUAUCGUUAAAAAAAUGUCUCCGUUAAGCGACGUAACGGAUUCAGGCGAGUUUUCUAAGUAUUUCUUUUCGGAACCAAUAAAAGUAAAAAAGCUUAAUAGAUAGCUUAUAUAUAUUUUUUUAAAUGUAGUACUUGUGGGCCAGCCCAGGUCCCUGGAGGACACGUGGUGGUGAGUCAUAGCCACUUGACUCACUUGCCUCGAUCAUGCUGGUUAAUUGAUUGGACUGGACUAGUCAUGUUAGUUGAGCUAAUCAAGUUGAACUAUUUCGGUGGACACCAAUCAAAUUAGAUAUUGAA